GAGAGCGACCUGGGGCCCCUCCUCUGGGCGCCGGAGUUCGGAAGAGGGUGGGUCCCCGCCGCCCAAGAGCAAGAGCGCGAGAAGAGCCGGAGGAAGGAGCGCCCGCUCGCCCGCCGCCUCGCUGCCACCCCGGCGCUCGCUCUCCCGGCUCCUAGGUUUGCUGGCUGCUCCUCCCACCCGCGCCCGCCUCUUUGCUCGCGCUCUCGCUCGCUCAAGCCGGUUUCCGAGCCCCACGGUGCGCCCGGGCGAGUGCGGGGCGAGGGGCCCCGGGGCCAGCGCCGAGCCGGGGGCGGGGGUCCGGGCAGAGCGCAGCCGGCCGGGGAGGGGCCAUGUCCGGCGCGGGCGCAGAGGGGCCCGUCUACAGCAAGUGACCGAGCGGCGUGGACGGCCGCCUGCCCCGCUCCGUCACCUGGGGCGGCUCGGGCCCCGGUGCCGGGUGCCCGGAGCCCGGGUCGCGCGUAGAGCCGGCGCGAUGCACGUGCGCUCGCUGCGCGUCGCGGCGCCCCACAGCUUCGUGGCGCUCUGGGCGCCCCUGUUCCUACUGCGCUCCGCCCUGGCCGACUUCAGCCUGGACAACGAGGUGCACUCAAGCUUCAUCCACCGGCGCCUCCGCAGCCAGGAGCGGCGGGAGAUGCAGCGCGAGAUCCUCUCCAUCUUGGGCUUGCCCCAUCGCCCGCGUCCCCACCUCCAGGGCAAGCACAACUCGGCGCCCAUGUUCAUGCUGGACCUGUACAAUGCCAUGGCGGUGGAGGAGGGCGGCGGGCCCGACGGCCAGGGCUUCUCCUACCCCUACAAGGCCGUCUUCAGUACCCAAGGCCCCCCUCUGGCCAGCCUGCAAGACAGCCACUUUCUCACCGACGCCGACAUGGUCAUGAGCUUCGUCAACCUCGGUGAGUGA